AUGAUGAAGGUGGUCAAUAAGGCCGCGCUUGUUUGCAAGCUGGUCGGUUAUGUCCUAGGCGCUUACGUCGCUUUCUUUUCUCGCAAUACCAAACCCCGCCGCCUCGCCACGGACGCGACUGAGGCCGAUCCCGAGAAACCCAAGCGCAAUAUUGUCAUCGUUGGGGCUGGUUUUGCCGGCUACUAUGCUGCGCGUAUAAUAUCCUGUGAUCUUCCCGCCGACAGCCCAUUCGAGGUCGUCGUCAUUGAGCCAAAUAGCCACUUUAACUUCACCUGGGGCAAGGUCGCGACCAUCAGCAGAGACUCGGUGACUCUCGCCGGCUCGGGUAAUGUCAUACCCUAUGAGUACUUGGUCAAGGGCGUGAAGCUCCUCCAGGCCAUGCAGCAGCGUAUCAAGGCUUCCAACAAGCUCGUCAUCGUCGGCGGUGGAGCGGCUGGUGUAGAGGUCGCUACUGACGCUAAGUCGCUGUAUCCCAACAAGACCGUCACCCUUGUGCAUUCACGAAGCGCAGUGAUGCACCGAUUCGGGACUGGACUACAAACCGCGGGUCUUAAAGGCCUUCAAGACUUGGGGAUCGAGGUCAUCCUGGGUGAUCGGCUGAUCGCCGAGGAUGAAGCAGCUGGCCUCGCUACUCUAAAAUCUGGGAAGACGGUAGAGUAUGACUGUAUCGUACACUGCACAGGACAAAGGCCAAGUUCCGCUAUCGUUAGCAGCAUUGCGAAGGAUGUUAUCACCGAGGAUGGCUACGUCAGAACAAGGCCAACUCUCCAAAUCGCCGACGACUCCCUUCCAAACGUGUUCGUGUGCGGAGAUCUUGCAGGCCAUGGAGAAGCAAAUCCCAAUGCGCGGUCGGCGAUGAGGAAGGCUAUGAUAUGCGCCGAUAACAUCGUCCUUGCCACCCAAGGAAAGGCUCUCAAGCACACCUAUGAGCCAUAUUGGGCGGACGCCGUCAUCAAGUUGACUUUAGGAAUGGAUCGAUCGGUGACUCAUUUUGGCGAUGGUAAGACUGAGCUGGCCUUCUACUCCAAGGAAAAGACCCUGCUCUAA